AUGCUUACCUUGUUGGAUAUUAGGGAGAAGAGGCACACCCCUAUGACGAGAUUAGAAAGUCUCAUCGAGAGCUGUGUUAGAAAAGACUGCUCCGAAAUAAGGGACAAGAUAUAUGGGCUACUCGGGCUUGCUAAUGAUAUCCGUACUCCAAGUACCACCGACCAGCCACUUGAUCAAGUCAAACGACAUUCCGAGUCAUGGCAUCUUAAAGAUGGGGGUUUACUACAACUCCUGAAAAAUACAAGGCCACCUGAAGUCGACUACGAUCGCUCGUUAUACGAUAUUUGGACUGAUGUGGGCUAUCCGGUAAUUAGAGCGAUAGGAUUCUUGAGCAGUAGAGUCUUACGACUGGGUCCAGAGCUCGAGUCGCUCAUCGAAUCACCCCAAAUCGAACGAGAAUGGCAGGACUGCUAUGGCGACUAUUAUCAUGAGCCUGACCUGCAGUAUAUUAGAAAAGCUGGCGAGAAUUACACGGCUAGAACUAUAGAAUAUGACAAUGACCAGUUGAUGAGGAUUCAUGAGAUCAAGCAUCCUGAUGUUAUAGCGUGGCCUAUCGCAGAUAGCAAACCUCGAACCGAUAAUCGUCGGUACCUUUCCGAGUACGCUAAAGUUUGGGAAGGGAGUCAGGUAUGCCGAGAAAGAGGCUCUGAUAUCGGACUCGGGCCCAGAAUCUGCCUCGGCACCAACCGCCUCAUUGCACUAGUUCCAUCGGUGACAAAGCCCGGUGAUGUUACCAUACAGUUUUGGGGCUGCGACGCUGCUAUUAUCACGCGGCCCAUGGCGACAGACAUGACGAAGACGACUAUGGAAGAAACAUCCGGAUCAGGGCCUCCCUAUAUGAUAAUAGGCAGGGUAGAUGUGGCACAAGAGAUUGAUCAGAGGAGUGGUGCACAAGUCUAUAAAGCUCAUACCGAGCAAGAGGUAUUGAACCACGAAGAAGCUUGUCAUGGGAGGAGCUGUUGGAACUUUGCAAACGUUUAUGUUGAUUUGGAUUUUCAGAGCCUGCAAAUGAUCACUGCGUCCAUCUCCACAUUGCGCCAUACAGGGGCUUAA